AUGAAUUUUCCUAUGGAUUCUCAUUGCAGACUUUCUAAGCCUGAUGAAAAAUUACUUGAAGGCACAACUGCCUAUAGAAGGCUUAUAGGCAUGUUAUUAUAUCUUACUCAUACCAGGCCAGACAUUAUCUACUCGGUCCAUUAUUUGAGUCAGUUUUUAGAAUCAUCUUGUGUUCCUCAUAUGCAAGCAGCUCUCAGAAUAGUUAGAUAUGUCAAGAUGGCAGCAGGUCAAGGCAUUUUCUUUCAAGCUUCAUCUAGAGUUCAUUUGAAAGCAUUUGCUGAUUCGGAUUGGGCAAGUUGUCCUGAUACAAGAACGUCUAUCUCUGGCUAUUGUAUUUUCCUUGGUGAUUCAUUAAUUUCUUGGAAAUCCAAGAAGCAAACCACUGUCUCUAGGUCAUCUACAGAAGCUGAAUACAGAUCCAUGGCAUAUGCAAAUUUUGGGUGGAGUUCGGAUAGUGAUGAUGUUGAGAUACUAACGAGUAGAAAUUUUCCUACUGAGGAAGAAACUGUGGAAGAGCAAUAUAAUGUGAAUUUGGAAGAUGGAGAUGGAGAUGGAGAUAAUGUGGAAGAUGGAGAAAACGGAGAAGAUGGAGAUGGAGUCAAUUUAAUUUCCACUUCUAGUAGUGGACUUUUUGAACCAUUCAUUGGGAAGGAGUUUGAUGAAGUUGAGGACGCCCAAGCAUUUUAUAAAGCGUAUGCAAGAAAGAAAGGUUUUGCAAUGAGGACUAACCAUACGCAAUUAUCAAGAGGGGAAAAAAAAUUAAUUGGAGUACACUAUGUUUGUACAAGAGAAGGAUUUAGGCGUGAAAGUCUCAAACAAAAAGAAAGAAAAAAUCCGGAACUUGCUGAAACAAAGAUUGGGUGUAAGGCUACGAUGUGUAUAAAAAAGAAUGGUGAAAGGUGGAUAGUAUAUAAGUUCGUGCCUGAACACAACCAUGAGCUACUCACACCGAGGUCUACUAGCUUACUCCGUGGCCAUAGAGGAGUUACACGUGUGCAAAAAAACCUCAUUCUCACUCUGAAUGAAUCUGGUGUACCGACGAGAAAGAUAAUGUCAGUAUUGAGUAAAGAAGCAGGUGGUGAUUUUAAAAUUGGUUGUAUUGGAAAGGAUGUCGAAAAUUAUUUGGGAAAUAAAAGAAGAAAAUUCUUUGAAGAGGGAGAUGCACAAAGGUUGUAUGCCUACUUUCUUGAACGACAGUGUAAAGAAGCUGGGUUUGUCUACUCUAUGCAGGUUGAUGAAAAUGGGAGUAUGGGCAGUUGCUUUUGGGCAGAUGCAAGAUCAAGGUCUGCAUAUCAAUACUUCGGAGAUGUUGUCACUUUUGAUGCGACGUACCUAACAAAUGUUUAUAAGAUGCCAUUUGUGCCAUUCUCAGGAGUUAAUCAUCAUCACCAAACCAUAAUGUUUGGUUGUGCGUUGUUAGUCAAUGAGACAGCUGAAUCCUAUAUAUGGUUACUGAGAACAUGGCAGGAAGCUAUGCUUGGGCGUGCCCCUUCAACCAUAAUUACUGAUGACGACAAAGCCAUGGCCAAGGCUAUUGCAGUGGUACUCCCAAAUACAAAUCACCGGCUGUGCUUGUGGCAUAUUUUACAAAAAUUCCCAGAACAUUUGGCGCAUGUCUAUAACAAAUAUCCAGACUUUCAAAAAGAGUUCCAUCAUUGUAUCCAUGAUACUAUUACACCUGAAGAGUUUGAGGAUGAAUGGGUUUCAAUACUGGUGAAGUAUGGUCUAGCAUGUAAUGAUUGGAUGCAAAAUCUUUACAAUCGACGGGAGAAGUGGGUUCCGGCUUACUUGCGAACCACAUUUUGUGCAGGUAUGUCAACCACACAAAGGAGUGAGAGUAUGAACAAAUUUUUCAAGGAUUAUGUGCGAUCGAGCACAAUGGUGAGUGACUUCGUUCAUCAGUACGAGAAAGCCUUAAGUGCACGGUACUUUAAGGAGAAAGAGAAGGAUGUGAGAACGAAAUCGUCUAACCCGGUUUUGAGAACAUGUUGGAAAAUUGAAGAAGAGGCGGCCAAAGUGUAUACAAGGAAGUCUUUCAAUAUAUUUCAAGAAGAGCUAUUCAAUUGUCAACGGUACAAAAUGACAAAAGUUCAGCAAGAUGAAGAAUCCAAGAUGUAUGAGGUGGCACCUAACGGUAAAGAUGGUCGGAUUUAUUAUGUGACUUUGGACAGUAGAGGUGGCACCCAGGCAAUAUGUACCUGUCAUAAGUUUGAGUUUCUUGGAAUUCUUUGUAGGCAUAUCUUAUGUGUCUUUAUGAAGAAAUCAAACAUAGAUAUGUUGCCACAUCACUAUGUUCUAGAGCGAUGGACCAUCAAUGCUAAGAGCAGAGCUAUCCUUGAAAUCCCAAAUUCCGAGGGCCCUUUUCCAACACAAGAAGAUCCAAUAUUGCGAAAAAGCCAUUUGAUGAUGCAGUUUUACGAUAUUGCCGAACUUGGCUCACAAUCAAGGUUUAAAAUGAACCACUUAUCUCUUGCCUUGGAUAAGGUACACAAGGAAUUGCUUUCGAUGGAAGAUAUUGGAGAACAAAAUUUAGAAGCUGGAGAUAUGUCACGUGUAGAUUCCCCUAUGAUAAGAUCACAAGUAAUAUCAAAUUUUUCUGGAAUUUUACUAGAUCCUCAACGGGUGCCGACGAAAGGAAGACCAAAAUCUAUGAGAUCAAAGAACCCGAGAGAGACUCAAUCAGUGAAGAAACGGCGAUGUGGCAUUUGCAAGGUUGAGGGCCAUACGAGGAACAACUGCCCUUCGUUGGGGGAUAUUGGAAAUAUAAAUGAUAACAUAUCACAAAGGGUGGAUCUUGAAUAAGAAACAUCAUGUUAAGUAA